AUGGGGGACUGCUUCACUGUUGCCAUUGAUGAUGUUGGAAAACAAGCCAUUGUCCAUUCCAACUCUGCGCCCGUGACGCCAGACGCAUCCAUUCCUCGCAUCCUCCUGCUCAAGCUGUUGAAGCCAUUUCACCACAGCAAAACCCUCGCCACUACCAGCUUCACUCAAAAGUUCAAUAACAUCUGA